AGUUACCACUGGUUACAAGUGUGGCCACGUUAGGUUAAAGUGAUUAGCCACAUCCUCCAUGGGCAGGUGCGUUACCUGUGGCUUUCCCAGGAAGCAAUUCUUUCGCUCUGGUGCUACAGCUCACCUACACAAACAGAAUCAGCCGACAGAAAAAAGCGUGGGAUAGUUUAUGUCGUCGUUUCCCAAUUCAUCGCAAUCCGCCUUUUGUUUCAGGACGCGUGUCUGCAGUCACUCCCGCACGGGUUUUGGUGUCAGACGGAGGGAAGUGCUUCCUGAUAAUAAGGAGGUGCGUCUUUUUCCAUUCCAGUGAUUGACUGCGCACGGCUUUCACCGCCGGAACUGGAGGUAUUGACGCAUUGUGGAGUCGACAGGGGGUAGCACUGCAACCCCGGCUUCGCUACACAACGGAGGCAUCUGUAGGGGAAACCGCGAUGGCCGUGGUGCAGCUCGAAACGGGGGACCAUCAACCUGAGAACGGCUUCGUGUCACCCGAAACCACGUCGCCGGAUUUGCUGGCACGCAUCGACAGCUCUGUUCUGCCAUUUCUAGGUGGAUUUGGGAAGUACCAGAAACAGCUGAUUGUGCUGACAUGGAUUCCGGCGUUAUUUAUUGGAUUCAGUCAGUUCUCUGAUAAUUUCCUCCUCGCCCAGCCAAACAGCACUUGUAUCCAGCCUUUGGCAAAUCUGACUAACCAUAGUAGAGCUCAUUCCUCGCUGUUAGGCAGGCCAAAAAACAUUAGUGAGCGACCGGAUCCAAUUUAUGUCAAUGGAAGUUCCACAAACAACAUCACGACCAGAAUGUCUUGUAACAACAAUGAGUUGACAUUCGAGCUGCACACAGGACUUAAGGAAAAUGUGGUUACUAAGUGGAGUCUGAUUGGUGACUCAGCAUGGAAAGUCCAUAUUGCAAAGUUUUCUCUGUUGGUUGGAUCCAUCUUUGGAUAUCUGGUGUUUGGAAUAUUAGCAGACUGGUUUGGCCGCCACCCAGUGCUGAUCAUAUCAGUACUGUUCAUGUUGGUGUUUGGUUUUACUGUGGCCUUUUCUAGGAACGCCCCCAUGUUCAGCACAUUGCGUUUCUUUGAGGGCUUCUGCCUGGCAGGAAUCACCCUUUCUCUCUACGUCCUUAGGAUCGAGCUGUGCCUGCCAAGAUGGCGAUUUUCCAUGACCAUGGUGGCCAGCUUUGUGGUUUUGGGUGGUCGGCUCUUGAUGCCUGGAGUGGCGUACCUCUGUCGCAACUGGCAGGUACUUCAAGCUGUCAUCAUCUGUCCCCUGCUGCUUAUGCUGUCCUACAUUUGGAUCUUCCCUGAGUCACUGCGUUGGCUGCUCGCCACUCAGCAGUACAGUCGCUCCAAGUGUAUCAUGGGACACAUAGUAGAGAAAAAUCAAGUGAACGUGGAGCUUGACCCAGAGAACAUCCUCACAGAACUACAAAGAUCUCUUCAACAGAGGCCCAAGAAAACAUGCAUUGUGAAAAUGGUUGGGACGAGGACCCUUUGGAAGAAUAUCGUUGUGCUCUGUGUCACCUCGUUAACUGGUUAUGGGAUCCACCACUGCUUUGCCCGCAGCAUGAUGGAUCCUGAAGCUCAGGGAACCACCAUAUUCCCUGACUUCUAUACACACUAUUACACAAUGGCAGGCAUCGCGGUUGCAUCAUGCAUUGCACUAUGUCCAGCGGUCUGCCUGAUGGGCCGUCGCGGUGGCCUUCUUCUGUUUAUGAUCAUCACUGCCCUCGCAUCUCUGCUGCAGUUGGGUCUACUUAACUUGUUGGGGAAAUACAGUGAACACCUGAAAAUAAAUACCACAAGUACAAUGAAUACGCAUUUCACCAUUGGCUUCUCCGCUAUCGGUAUGUUCUCCUCCCACGCAGUCAGCGCCCUGAGCAUCUUCUUCUGUGCUGAGAUCACUCCCACUGUGAUCAGGGGUGGUGGUUUAGGCUUGGUCCUGGCCAGCGCUGGCUUUGGCAUGCUUACUGAACCCAUCAUGGAACUCCACAAUCAGAAGGGCUAUUUCCUUCAUCACAUAAUUUUUGCCUGCUGCACUCUCAUCUGUAUCAUCUGCAUUCUCCUGUUGCCUGAAACGCGCAAUCAGCCACUCCCCGAGACCCUGGCUGAUGUCGAGAACUACACCCGUCCACCCCUGCUUCCCCCGAGGAAACCUGGAUUGCUGCACACGUCUGACAGCACCAGGGACUACACAAGAGUGCGUGACACACCACUUCAUGAAGCGCCCAUCAUCAUCAUGGACUCUACUGCCUCUUCAGCUAUUGAUUUGACUGGAGGUAUGCAGUUAAUCGAGAUGCACUCCUUUGUGGCUGGCCCUAAAGAUCCCAACGGUCACUCUGUUUCAUCUUCAUCUGCGGGCAACAUGAUGACACUGGGUAAAGACGCCGUCACACAGGGCAGUAAAGAGCACCUGCUGUCUUCCACUCCUUUACACAAAGCCCCGUGUGUCACAGACCCACUUUUAGCUGCUGCAGAAGAACCUCCUGCAAUCGUCCUGGAGUCUGUGGAACCACUGUUAGAUUCAUCCCUACCUGAAAUGAAUGACAGUGGUGAAUCCCCAACAAGAGAAGCAGAAAUUACACCUGCUGCUUCAUUGGAUUCUUCCACUCCCCCCGUCCCUCAAACUGUACCCUCCUCUUUGCUGAUCUGCACCACGCCCAUCAUCGAGCCCCCACCGAGCUCCACUUUAAAAUCUCCGAACCCGCUGGAUAAUGACAUCGAAAAUAUAAGCACAACAUCUGACCCGCCUUUGCUCAAGGAUACUCACGCCACUUCAGCGGGUUCUCCUUCUCCCCCUUCCAUAAGAGACAGUCCUCCUUCUCCUAUGGAUGGAGGAGAUGAGGAUUUAUCUCCUCCUUCCGUAAGAGAUCAACCCACCCUCCUUCUCAUAGACUCCCGGCCACCUCAGUUAGAUUCUACCUCUCCCUGCGUUGAAGAAAAAUACGUUUUACCUCCAAACACACCUCCUCCAUGCAUUGACUCAGAGGACUCUUCCACUCGCGCUGUCAUAAAUACAGUCAACAAUGCAGCACAGUCUCCUUCCAUUCUCCCCGUCACAGACAUUGCACGUAGCUCCACUCUAGAAUCAACCACUCUGACUGUCACAGACACUGAACCACGAUCAGCCGCUCGCCUCGUCUUAGAUUCAGUACCAUCUUCCAUCACAGAUUCAGCCUCCACAGACGCAACUCCCUCCUCUCUAAUGGACUGGACGGUGUCCUCCCCCAUAGACUCGGGUGUUCUCUCGAUCAGGGACAGGGACAGUGCCAGCACAGAAAACAGCACUGUCAACGGCAUGGCAUCAUCGUGAUCCACUUCUUCAGCCAGGAAUUGAAGCUUUAAUUGUCUCACCAGGAGGCAGCCACCCACAUGAACAUUGCAUCAAUGGGAACAGGAACUGGCCUGCUUAGACUGCAGGCUCUUAAUGAAGACUGUUCCCCACCUGGAGUUGAGUUAACAUGUUUGCAAAGUUUCAUUUUUUUUUGGGUUUUGUUUUGUUUUGGGUGUUUUUGUAUUUAGUUUUUUCAGUGCUGCUGCACCCUUUUGUGCAUUUAGCCACCUAAUGAGACCAUGCAAGCGGGAGAAUGCCACAGGCUGGUAUGUGACAAUGUGACAGUAACUUCUGCGCUUCGUUGAAUGUCACUGGAAAUCACCAGCGUUUUAACUACUCUGACGUAAAUGAACGGGGACAAAAUCACUGUCAUUUUUAAGAGACUUAAAGCAAUUCCCAUAAUUACUGAGACGUGUCAUCAGCACUGGGGAAGAAAUGCAAUGGUACUAAUAGCAAACAAACAAACAAAAAUCACUGGUACUUGUGCUCAAAGGUAAUGUCAAGAUAUUUGUACAAAAAGGUUGCUUUAUAUGUAUGGACAAGUAAAUCUGAAUGUUACAAAGUGCUUUUUGUUGCUAUAGAGGUAAGCAAUCAGAAUUGGAAUAGUUUUUUUUUCUUAAAAAGAAAAUGCCAAAAAACUACCCUGACCAAAAUAAAGUGUAGAAAUAGUGCCAAAACUUUAGUGAUAUAGUAUUUGCCUGUUUGGGAGAAUACUGUUAAGUGCUCUCUCCUGCUAUAGGCUAUAUGUGGAUACCUAUUCCAAAACUAGGAAGUAAAGAAGAAGAAUGAACAAUUUAUCACCAUUUGAUGAAUUAAAAUUGACAGAAAGCAUAUCUGUGAUGCAUAUGAGCAGUGAUACUGGUGAAAAAGAAUGACCCACAUUUUGUCGGUCAGAAGAAACUUUUAUUUUUCCAAUCAUUCAAGCCAAUGAAAUUUAUGGUAUGCAAAUGUUUUUUGAUUUUUUUUUGUAAAUGUAUUAAUGUAAGUAUAUUGAUAAUUACUUGUUACGCUUGAUUGUUUUGUUUUUUUUAAAUUCAAAGUAUUGUUUUGAAUAAUCUCUCAUGGCGUGCCCUUAUUGUACAGAGCUAUACUUCAUUCUUACAGUAUUUGUGGCACCUCGGUGUGGUGGCACUUUAUCUUUCGAAGUGGGGACUAAGCAUGAAAAUUUAUUGUGAAUGUGUCGGCAACAAACAAAAAAGCUUAAAAAAAAGAAGAAGAAGAA